UUAUUUUGUUCGAAGCUUUUCCUACUUACAUAAGAUUUGCAUUAAUUUUCAUGUACAUAUUUAAUCAAAUGUUGUCUGCAGUUUUAUAUUUCAGUAUCUAAUCACAUCUACACGACUGAAAUAAUGGCUUCGUUAGUAGAUAUUCCUGUUGACUAUCAACAAAGUUUAAUUGAAUUCUCGACAUCUUUGUAUCAAGGAUUAAACAAGCAAGAGAGUGUAUGUAUGUCACCAUAUAGCAUCACAGCUGCGUUUCUAUUGUUGAUGAUUGGAGCAAGCGGACGAUCAAAGCAACAAAUAUCAUCUGCUCUUUUUCAAAAUAGCAUAUUUUCAGAGGAGGAAAAGUUAAAAUAUCACAAGUCACUUGAUAGCUAUAUAAUUGAACAAGCUGGUGUAAAUGUUAGUUUAGCUAGUGCAAAUAGGCUUUUUGUAAACAACCAAUUCACAGUAUUGCAAAAUGUCAGAGAAAAAGCGAAGCAAUAUUUUGGAGCUGAUAUAAGUUUAAAAGAUUUCACUAAACCCAAGGCAUCUGCAUAUAUGAUGAAUAGAUGGGUGUCAAAACAGACAAACGGUAAAAUAAAGGAUUUAAUCAAAGAGAAAUGGUUGGAUUCAAAUACAGUAAUGUUCAUAAUAAAUGCCAUAUAUUUUAAAGCAACGUGGGAGAAGCAAUUUUCACCGAAACACACAAGAAAAGGAAAGUUUUACCUCCCUUUCAACAAAACAAUUGAAAUUGACAUGAUGAACAUACAAAUAGCUGUUCCAUAUUUCCAAGGACAAGACUUCUCCGUUAUAGCGUUACCAUUCAAGGGAGGAAAUUUUGAUAUGGUCUUUAUCUUACCAGAUGAAAAAGUGGGGCUCCAGAAUAUUGAAACUAAAAUUACACCCAAAUUCCUUAAAACGAUUUCCACUGGAUUGAAAAGCAGAUUUACUAGUAUCGCCAUUCCAAAAUUUAAAUUACAGUCUGAGUUUGAUCUAAAAACAGAAUUACCAAAAUUUGGAGUUACAGACAUUUUUGACGAUUCUAAAGCUAACUUUACCGAUCUUAUUGUGGAGAAAAUUCCCGGGUUAUACGUCAUGUAUGCUGUUCAUAAAGCCGUCUUCAACGUGAACGAAGCAGGAGUUGAGGGAGCAGCUGGCACAGUCUUUGGAGUUGGUUUUAAAAGUGGUGGUCAUUUUACAGCAAAUAGACCGUUUUUGUUUUAUGUACGAGAUGUGAAAUCUGGUCUCAUCUUGUUCAUUGGUCGAUUUCAUCCACAAGUCAGAGCUGGAUGAUUAUUAUCAACUAAACAAUAAUAAUUUUCACAAACAAAUGUACGUUACCAAAUUCAUAAACAGAUCGAGACUUCACUGUUUGCUAUUAAAGCAUCACAUACAUUUUGAUGUAAAAACGUGUUAAGUCAUCUUUUAUUCAAUUUAAAAAGGUCCUUUUAUAAUGUA